AUGUCAACUCGUCCUCAAAAAACACAUUACGCUAGCUCUUCGUCCAUAGAUUCAGAUAGCAGCUCACCAUCGUCGUCCGACACCGACCUCUCUAUCCGAAUCAGUAUGGACGUCCAACCCGUUGCGUCGGUCGAGGUGAUGCGCUGCCUCCGCUGCCAUCGCCAUGUCGAAGCCACAUCGACCGACGACCCUGCAUCGACAGGAAUGAUUCGAGUUGGAUUUAACCUUUACUAUUGCCAGAAGUGUGCGACAGCGGUUGGAUAUAAAUGA